GGGUCUUGCCCCGGAUAGGUACGGCAGCCAGGUAAGCUACGGAACUCCAGGGCUAUGAAUGCUAGGUACUAGCCAAGCAAGUCGCACCGUCAGACCGAUACAAUAGGAGGAAGGUAGAUACCCUAGAUAGGCUGUCAUACAUGUCAAGUACGUACAUAAUAAGGUUAAGCACAGCUCUUUAUCACAAGCCUCUCUCCCAUUAACUUCGCGUUACAAUAAUUAUAUUUUGUUUUCUUCCUCCCUCUAAAUCGCUCCCAAAGCAUAAGCAGUGUUUUGACUAUCGUCAAGCUGCUGUUCGAAUAGUAUAAAUAUCAUCCUUGCGGGCAGUGCCCAGCUCAAUGUCGACUUCAAUAGCUUCUAGCGGCUUUUAAUUCAAUCAAUCGCUAUUAAAUAGUAUUACUUUUAUAUGCUAUUCUAAUUCAGUAUCUGGUACCUAGCUUCUGCUCCGAGAAGACAAUCGCAAAGCCGCGUACAGACCAGUUCCCUAAAUUCCGACACCAUGUCGGCCGACACGAAUCACAAUGGCGUGGAGGCCACUGAAGGUGCCCCACCAGCAGUGAGUGAGAAGAUGGCACCGACGGAACCGGAUCUCGCUGCCGUGAAAACCGGUUCGGGAUCGGACGUUGAUGAUAUUCUGCGGGGACCCAAUGGCGAGCAAUAUCCCACCCAGGAAGAGUUCGAUACCUUGCGUCGCGUGAAGGGCCCCAUCACCUGGAUUAUAUACACUAUUGCUUUCAUCGAGCUUUGCGAGCGAUUCGCAUUCUAUGGCACUACGGCCGUCUUCGUCAACUUCAUCGCCCAGCCUCUUCCGGCAGGCUCUACCACGGGCGCUGGCGGUACAGAUCUACAAGCUGGUGCUCUCGGCCAAGGCCAACGAGCCUCCACUGGCUUGACCCUAUUCAACAGCUUCUGGUCCUACCUGAUGCCUCUAGUCGGUGGUUACAUGGCCGAUACCUACUGGGGCAAAUACAAGACCAUCCACGUUGCCAUCGUGCUCGCCAUGUUCGGCCACAUCAUCCUCAUCGUCUCGGCUCUACCACCCGUCAUAGCCAACCCGCAAGGCGCCCUAGGCUGCUUCUCCGUCGGCCUCAUCUUCUUCGGCAUCGGCGUGGGCUUCUUCAAGGCGAACAUCUCGCCCAUGAUCGCCGAGCAGUACGAGAGCACGCAGCCGAGAGCCGUCAUCAAGGUGCUAAAAAGCGGCGAGCGUGUUGUCGUCGACCCCGUCUUGACCAUCUCCGUCAUCUACAUGCGCUACUACUUCUUCAUCAACGUCGGAAGCUUGACCGGCUCGAUCGCGAUGGUGUACGCCGAGAAGUACGUCGGCUUCUGGCUCUCGUACACCCUGCCCACCGCCCUGUUCAUCUUCUGCCCCCUCAUGCUCCUCGGCUUCAAGAACAAGUACGUGCGCCGACCGCCGACCGGGUCCGUGCUCGGAAAGGCCAUCGCGUUGGUCGGUCUAUCGAUGAAGGGCCGCUGGUCCGCGAACCCGAUCACCACGAUCAAGAACCUGCGCGAGCCCGGGUUCUUCGAGCGCGUGAAGCCGAGCAAGAUCCCCGAUUCGGAGCGCCCGGCGUGGAUGACGUUCGACGACCACUGGGUGGACGAGGUGCGCCGCGGCUUCAAGGCCUGCAGCGUCUUCGUCUGGUACCCCAUCUACUGGCUCUCGUACAACCAGCUGAGCAACAACCUCGUGUCCCAGGCGGCGACCAUGACGCUCAACGGCGUGCCCAACGACGUCGUCAACAACCUCGACCCCAUCGCCCUGCUCAUCUUCAUCCCCAUCUGCGACAAGUUCAUCUACCCCGCGCUGCGCCGCGCCGGCAUCAAGCUGACGCCCAUCAAGAAGAUCACCGCCGGCUUCUUCAUCGGGUCGCUGUCCAUGGUGGUGGCGGCCAUCAUCCAGCACUACAUCUACAUGCAGUCGCCCUGCCGCCUGCCCGUCGGCUACGGCUACGUCGACAACUGCCGCGCGUACCUCGGCCUCCCCGCCGACGCGCCCGAGUCCGCCUUCAAGCCCCCGCUCAGCGUCUGGAUCCAGACCCCGGCCUACAUCCUCAUCGCGUUCGCCGAGAUCGCCGCCUCCAUCACGGGGCUCGAGUACGCCUUCACGAAGGCGCCGCGCAACAUGCGCGGCUUCAUCACGGGCGUCUUCUGGUUCUCGCAGGCCUUCUCCGCCGCCAUCGGCCAGGCGUUCGUGCCCCUCGCCACGGACCCGACCCUGGUCUGGCUGUACGUCACGGUCGCCAUCAUCUCGGUGCUGGGAGGCGUCGGCUUCUGGAUCAACUUCGCGAAGCUCGACCGCGAGGAGGAGACGCUGAACGCGCUGCCGGAUAGCUUGUUCAAGGGGAGCAGGAACCAGGAUGAGGAUUUCGAGGCGCUGGGGGAGGCGCAGAGGGAGCAGGAGAGGAUUAGGCAUGCGCAGGGGUUGGAUAAGGGGGCGUGAGGGAGAUAGAUGGAGAGAGGAAAGGGAGAGAGAGGGAGGUGCUUGGAAUAUUUAUAAACCGUUCCGUGCGCGUCACUUGGCAUAUAUGCUACGCGCGGAUGUCUCCUGGAUGAUAGACGGAUGAAGGGAUGGAUAGACGAUGUCCUUCGUGGCUUGGAGAUGAAAAAGAAUACCUGUGUAAAUAUUGACAGUACUCAGUAGCAAGUUUAUUGUAUGCGCAUGAUUAUUGAUACAAGUCUUUAAC